CCCUACCUGCGCCGCCAUUCGCAGCCACAGCUGUCAAUCACCAGGUCCUGGCCGGUGAUUACCCGCCGGCGCCUGGAGAUUACCGAGGAUCUCCAACGGGGAGGAGGGCUGCUUUGUUUACUAACAGUCCUCCUCCCUGUCAGCUCAGCCACACUUCUCUGGAUGGCUGUGCACAGCCCCCCAGUAAAACACUCCCAGCACACAGUUAACCCUUUGAUCUCCCCUCAUGUUAACCCCUUCCUGCCCAGUGCCAUUAGUACAGUGUCAGUGCUUUUUUUUACACUGAUCACUGUAUUGGUGUCACUGGGGAUGUCUUGGUGUCACUGAGAUCCCCAGUGACACCAAUACAGU